CAUAGCCUGAUAUAUAGAUAUGAACAUUGUCAGGAUACAACAGAUGAAGAUUGUGAUCAGUCUAUUAACUCAUUCCUGGCCAGUCUUGCAAUCAAGUUAUCUCACAAAUCGUACCUGAACCGAGAAACAACAGCUGCCAAAAUGCCUAUAUCUCAAGAAACAGCAGAGAUUAUCCGUCGCAAAAAGGCACAAUACUGCCGUUUCGCCGACACCUGCCAGUGGCACCACUUCGAAAACAUCAUGCUGCCUUCUCUCACGUUUGAAGCCCUCGAUCUGGACGGCAGCAUUCUGACUCUGAACGGAGUCAAGUAUCGCUGGGAGUCGCGUGAGGCAUGGGUCGCCCACUUCAGCGAGGCCUUCAAGGUCAUGCAGACGAUUCACCUGACGGACGCCGGCGACCUGGAGCAGGUUUCCGAGGACGAGGUGAAGGCUGUGUUUGGGGUUAUCUACCAUGGAGGGACGAGGGGGUCGGAGUCCGGGCUGCACUCUACUGGUGCUGGGCAUUACCAUGAGAUAUGGAGAAAGAUUGAUGGGGACUGGUUUAUGGAGAGUUGUUCUAUGAAGAGGUUGUAUUCCAAGGUGAUGCAGAUCUGAGUUAUCAGAGUUGAUGGAGCGCUAGAGUCUGGAACCUGUGUUUGUAGCCUCAAGGUCCUCAUUGUUUAUUUAGCAAAGCUGAGAUCGCGUAUCGAAGUUGGAGAAGAGGAUGAGGUGUUUAUUUGUUGGACACAAUCAUCAUUGAUCCGUAGUUCGUCAUGGUUUGAAAUAAUUUUGACAAAGUUCCUGUCAUGUCAUACCAAAUGAGAUGAAUAUUCC